AUGAACUACGAGGGGGAGAAUUUUGAUGAGGAUUCAGAUGAGGAUGAAGGCACCGGAGGGAUCCUUAGUGAGCCUUAUCCUUCGGGAGCAAUACCAAACCAACACGCAGAGCAAGAGGACACUACCAACCGUCUACGCUCCCUAGAGGAAGAAGUGGCCACCAUGAGGCAACAACUCAUUAUAGCCGAAGCUAAGGUAGCCCUAGCAGAAAUCAUGCCUUCCCAUGGAGACAACCAACACGCCGGCAAAACACCGAUCCUAUGGAUAGACUCCGCCACUUUCCAAGCUAGUGAUAGUUGCUGUGAUAGCCAUCAUGGCACAACUCAAUGGUAA